CGUGAGAAUUUUCUCCCUAGCUCACCAUGUCACCUUCAACCAUUUCUCAGAAAAAACGGAAGAACACCUCACCGGCGCCAGGAGAAAUACCCUUAAAGAAGGCAAAACGCGACAAUGACCACUCAAAAAAUAAGACGAAGGACAAGAAGGGAAAAGGACGCGAAUCAGAUUUUCACGUCGUCCAAGCAUCUCUAGUCUUGUCCAUACCCCCCAAAUUUGCGGAUAACCCAAAAUCUGGAGUCAAUGAGAUGCUUGAUUCAAUGGUAAUGAGAUAUAUACCAGGCCUUCAAGGGGUCGUGUUGUCCCAUUCCAACCUAACAUUCCUCGACGAAAUGGCUUCCAUUAAAGCCGAUUGUCCAUUUCUUGUCUGUCGGGUUACAUUCGAUGCGACCGUCUGGAGUCCCUCAUGUUGGAAUGCGACUCGGUGCGAAUUGAAUCCUUGUCGAAUAAAUCUUUGUUCUCCUGAUCACAUAUCACUACUUGUGCACCGCACGUUCAACGUGUCAAUACCCCGUCAUCAUAUACCUUCCGAGGACUGGGAGUUUGAAUAUGGUCCCGCAGAAAACGACCCUCAGUUUGGACCUGACGCCGCAGAGAAAGAUGAUGAAGAUGCCAUAUCACCUACCGCAGAAAAGUCUGGUGGAGGAGGCGGAAGAUGGAUACAUAAACUGACAGGCGACCUGAUUGGUGGCAAGUCCGGGCACCUGGAGUUCACAGUUAUUGGACUUACUGUUGCGAAUGAAAUGCUGUCGGUUGUUGGAUCCAUACAGCCAGACCCCUUCUCACCUACUCAUGUUGCAACGUCGUCGAACAACCAAGCGCCUGAGGAGUCAGAGGGUGAAGGCGAAGGCAUCACGCUGGUCGACGAUGACAAUGCUAGCAGCGUAGAUGAGGAUGAUCCAUUCGCGGUACUCGGGAAGGAAGCGGAGAAAGCUCAGAAGAAGGCGAAGGAAGGGGAAAAGCAGAAACGAAAGUUGAAGGAAACUACAACUGAACCCAAAGGCAAAAAGAAACAGAAGAAGAGUUCAUGA